ACUAUGAAUCAGAAUAGAAAGUAGAGAUAAAAUUAGAUUCCAGUUUUACCGAACCCGCUGUUCUUCAACCGCAGGAUAAAAUAAAAUGGAAAAAUCCGACCCCAAACCUGAAAAUGCCAACAGAAUAAGCCUCUGUGAUUUAUAUAGAAGCAACACCAAAUCAAAUCAUACAGAAAAGGGUCCUUUCAGAUACCGGAGACUUCAGGUUCUCUCCAUCGGAGGCUUCCCAGAAAUGCAGGGAUUCAAAGCAGCCAUUUGUUUCCAAUUUCAACUUCUGUUUAUUUCACUCUGUCUCUUCACCUUCUCCUCCUCUCUCAAGAUGGGAGAAACUUGCUCCUCCGGCGAUGAAUGCGAUUCCGGUCUUCUUUGUAAUACUUGCCCUGUGAAUGGAAAUACGCGCCCUAGAUGCACUCGCAUCCAGCCUAUUAGUCCGACAUCCAAGGUAAAAGGGCUGCCAUUCAAUCGUUACUCAUGGCUUACGACUCACAAUUCGUUUGCUCGUUCCGGUGAGAGAUCUGAGACAGGAUCGUUCCUACUGACGCCCACCAAUCAGGAAGAUACGGUCACCACUCAACUAAAUAAUGGAGUUCGUGGACUAAUGUUGGACAUGUACGACUUUCAAAAUGAUAUUUGGUUGUGUCACUCCUUCGGUGGCCAGUGUCUGAAUGUAACUUCAUUUAAACCGGCAAUCAAUGUUUUGAAAGAAGUUGAAAAGUUUAUGGGAGCAAACCCAGAAGAGAUUGUCACAAUCUUCAUAGAAGACUAUGUGAUGUCUCCACAACGCUUGAGAAAGGUGUUCAAUGCUUCUGGACUAGACAAGUAUUGGUUUCCCGUUUCCAGAAUGCCUCUAAAGGGUGGGGAUUGGCCAACCGUCGAUGAUAUGGUGAAGCAAAACCAGAGACUGCUAGUUUUCUCCUCUAUGCAAUCGAAAGAGGCCUCAGAUGGCAUCGCUUAUCAGUGGCGCUAUGUCCUGGAAAGCCAAUAUGGAAAUGAAGGAAUGAAGCCUGGAUCUUGUCUGAACAGAGCAGAGUCGCCUUCCAUGGAUACAGCAACCAUAUCCUUGAUCCUCCUCAACUAUUUUUCUACUAAUCCCAACAAAACGGCUGUUUGUUACGAUAACUCUGCCCCAUUAAUUAGCAUGAUGAAUACUUGCCAUCAAGCAGCCGGCAAACGGUGGCCAAAUUUCAUUGCCGUUGAUUUCUAUCAGAGGAGCGAUGGUGGAGGUGCACCAGAAGCUGUGGAUGUAGCCAAUGGCCAUCUCACUUGCGGGUGCAAUAGUAUUGCCUAUUGCAAGGGAAAUACAACAGGCGUAUGUGAUAACCCACCGGUUUCUCCCCCUCCACCGGCUGCCUUGGAAAGUCCAGUUGAUGCGGGGGACUCCGAUGGCGCACACCCUAAUGGCAGACCAGUCGAGAUCAGUUGGUUGCUUGGAACAAUUUUGACCGUGACACUGUUCUUACGCUUCAAUUAGUGGGUCAUUAUUCUGAUAGGCUCCCUUCCCUCCGAUAAUAUUGACAACCAGUUUAUUGGUUCCAUUCUUUUUACUACGUAUGCAAAUUAUAAUCUAAAAAUCAAAUACUUUUGAGAAA